GCUGAUUGGUUUUUUCUUUGUGUCUCUCAGCUCAGGAGCUCUCACCUGGGACAAUGGUGUGCAUUCCUUGUAUCGUCAUUCCAGUUCUGCUCUGGGUCUACAAAAAGUUCCUGGAGCCCUACGUAUGCCCUCUGAUUUCCCCCUUUGUUAGUCGCAUAUGGCCUAGAAAAGCUGUGCAAGAAUCCAGUGAUGCAAGCAAAGGCAAAAUAGGCUAUAAGGGUGCAGACAUAAAUGGAUUACCAACAUCAGGAUCAACAGAAAUCUCUGAUAAAAAGAAAGACUGAAGGCAUUGACCCAGGGACCUCCUUGUUUUCAAAAUGGACCUAAUAAUGUGAAGCACCUUCUUUGUAAUUGUCUCUGACCUUUUUCUCUUAGAACUCGGGGUGGAUGGUUUAGAUGUUUGCCUGAUGCUGCUCAGGAAACACAUGGUAUUUAUAUUUAGAAUGUGUUUGGUUAUAGUUAGUGGUCUCAUUCCCUCGUUCCUUUUUCAUUAACGUAGCUGUAAUAGUAUGAGUGAAGAGGAGGCUUGUGCCAGUAGACAUUGUUACUGCAUCAGUCCCUAAGCGUCCUUGGGCUGCUAGCUUCUGUUUGGGCUCUUUGAACUUGAGUGGAGUGUGUUUUCACUAUGAAACAGUACAGUGAGACUGGGCAGUGAAAUAAAUGAAAGGGAGUGUUUGGAGGUGAUAAUGACUUGAAACAUAGAGUUAUAAUUACUGCCCAACACUCGAGCCCCUUAUCUGCAAGAGUAGAAAUUAUAGGUUAUUGCUCCGAAGAAAAUAGCAACGACAAGAAAUUGAGGAAAUUUGGGAAAAAUGGAAGUUUUUACAUAAAUGCCUAACGUAUAUUAUAAAAUUCUAAUCUUUGUUGCAUUCCUUCUAUUCCUACAGAAUGUAUUAAAUAUUCAGUUUAACUAUGGUUGGGGUUUGGCUUUUUUCUUUUUCUUUUUUUUAAAGUUUAAAUAUUUCUUAAAAGGGACAUUUUUCACCAUACCAGAAAGCAGAAUUAUGAUAGCAUGCUGGCAUCUGGAUAGUUCUGAGACAGUAACAUAUUAUUUUUUAAAGUA